AUGUUCACUACCUUCAAAACAGUGAAGCAGUCAGUGCAUAUCCUCAUGCAAAGGGUACCUGAUAGUGUGGACGUGGACCUCCUACAGACGAAGCUGAGACACGUUGAGCAUGUGCAAUGCGUCCAUGAUGUCCAUGUAUGGAGUGUUGGCUCGACUGGUAAUAUUUGUACGGCUCACAUAGUCGUGGCUGGAUGCAGCAACUGCAGUCGUGUUCUGGAUGAGGCCACUAGGGUUGCCAACGACAUGGGUAUAAGCCAUACCACCUUUCAGCUUGAGGCUAGGGCCGAGGACGUUGAUGUCAGUGCCCUGCAGGGACACGUCACCGUUGUUGAAGGCUCAGCCACGAUCGUGAGGUCCCAGCCUGUAACUAUUUGA